GCACUUUGUUUUCGUUUGCCUCGGCCCGGUUCAUCAUGUGAUGCUCAGUGUGACGUAAGAGGAAAGAGACGCCAUUAGACAGGAGAGAGACAGAGAGAGGCAAGGACUUCACGAUGGCGGCUGGUGGAACAGGGGGCGGUAAUAAAACCUAUUCUUUUAAGGUGGUUUUGUUAGGAGAAGGCUGUGUGGGGAAGACAUCGUUGGUGCUGCGAUACUGCGAGAACAAGUUCAACGACAAACACAUCACAACGUUGCAGGCAUCCUUCUUAACAAAGAAAUUGAACAUCGGAGGGAAAAGAGUUAACCUUGCGAUAUGGGAUACAGCAGGCCAAGAAAGGUUCCACGCCCUGGGCCCAAUAUAUUACAGAGACUCCAACGGAGCCAUAUUAGUGUAUGACAUCACAGACGAGGAUUCUUUUCAGAAGGUGAAAAACUGGGUUAAAGAAUUAAGAAAAAUGUUGGGGAAUGAAAUAUGUUUAUGUAUAGUAGGUAACAAAGUAGACCUGGAAAAAGAGAGACACGUAUCAGUACAAGAAGCAGAAGGAUAUGCAGAGUCAGUUGGGGCAAAACACUAUCAUACUUCAGCCAAACUGAACAAAGGAAUUGAAGAACUUUUUCUUGACCUUUGUAAAAGAAUGAUUGAAACGGCACAGGCAGACGAGCGAGCAAAAGGUAACGGCUCCAGCCAAUCAGGAACAGCACGACGAGGGGUACAGAUAGUGGACGAUGAACCCCAAAAUGCUGCCACUGCGGGUGGAGGGUGCUGUUCAUCCGGCUAACCUUCAAAACGGAAUCUUUGCCCCCCACCCCCCCCCCCCAUUUAAAUGAAGACUGCGCUGUUCAAGGUCACAAGUUCGUUCACCCAACGGAAUACAAUUAACAGUAUUUUCAUGUAAUCCCGUUUCUAACACUUAAGAGACUUGUGAAAGUGCUAAACUAGUGGAGUGUGACCAAUGAAUAUGCAGUUACUCAUCUGUUAACAAUGGCUUUCUCCCCCGCACCAUCCCCUCAUCAUUUUAUUCUUUAAUGACACAGUUAAUGCGCAUGUAGAAAUGGAAGAGCUUCUAUUAUGUUUUUCUUUUAAAUCAGAUCUUUAUUAUUUAAUAACUUAUGUACAUGUUCUUUGGAAAUGUAUAUGUUCAAAUCCUUUUUUAUUGUUGUGGUGAAUUGUGUCACUUCCAAAGUUUCAAACAAUUAUCAUGAUCUUUUUUUUUUUUUUUUAAUUUGGCAGAUAUCCAACAUACUAUUUUUUUUUUGCACUGGCUCAUCACUAUCAAUGCUUUGUUAUACUAUAUUUCAUGGUUUGCUGACUUGAUAUAUAUAUAAAAAACAUUGUACAAUACAUAUUAAAUAUUUUAUCUGCUUUUACAAGCUUUGGGAAAAGAGUUGCAGGUGUAGAAAUGUGUACAAUAGUCUUGUUAAGGAUUGUAAAAUGAAAAUAACAAUUUUUGGUGAAAGCACAUAUUUUUGAAUUGUAAUCUUUUUUUUUCAUUUGAAUUACAUUCUUUGAAACCUCUUGUGUUUUGUAAUAAAACACAUUGUCAUUAUUAUGAACAUUACUGUUUUGAGUUUAAAAAAAAAAAAAAAAUGCAAUCUAGAAACAUUUAUAAUAUCAUAUUGGCUAAAGCAUUACAGCACACUGCAGUGUUUACUAGAACCCAAUUUAUUUCCCUUUGUUGUAUCUUGUGUUCUCUGCCCUAGGGGUAUACUUUGUUUAUUCACACAUUAUGGAGCAUAUAUCCACUGAAGGGUGUUCUGCAACUCUGAAGAUGUGUGAUAAAAAUAUCAGGCAACAGAGAGAUAAGAAACAGAUUAUUUCUUAUUUAACAAUUAAACAUGUGUUUUCGUCCUCGUUGCAUUAGUUAUCAGGUUUGUUUAAGUGCCAGGGAAAUUGUGUGUAUAUAUAAAGUCUUGCAAAGUGCAUGAGCAUAUAGUACAUACACGAAGGGUUGAUAGACUUUUGAUAAUGCACUUUUAUUUAUUUUUCUUAAUAUCAAAACAAUUUGGGGGGCCAUGGUUGGAACAUUUAAGAGUGAAUUGUGUUUAAUUAUGCUUAAAUAUAUGCUUUUAUCCUA